AUGCAAUCUACCGCUAAUGAAUCUUCUUCGGAGCCUUCUUGUUCGUCAUACACUUGUCGACUUAGUCUUCCAAAUGCCGUAGUUACUUCGUUGACGCCACUACUAUCAGCUAAUCUUAGUGCUGCUCAGGUCGAGUCCGAUUUGGGUUCAUUUUCUUCAGGAACUGCUACGGUUGUCUGUGGUCACUCUUUUCCAGACACUUCUGCAACUCCUGGUCUUGUUCGAGGGAAUAUUUCUUCUCCAAAUGCAGCUGCUUCAAUUUCAACAUCCUGCGAUUUCCCCAAAGUUUCCCUCUCCUUAUCUAACGAUCACUUUCCUGCUGCUACGGAUCAUCUAUCCAUUCUUACUUCUCCUGCACUUCGCCCUACCACGCUUUAUCCAGCUACUCCACUUCGGCUUUCUUCCGCAUCAUCAGAAGAAAACAGUAUGCAUCAUUCUGAGCAUAGUAUAGGUGGUACAGUUCUGAGUGAUGACUACGAGUCGGAUCAUAGUGUUGAUGAAGAUGAUCUUACUGGGAGUGAUCAAGCUUUUGAAACGGUAAGCCCAGACAAUUAUUUAGAUUUAAGCUUAUCUUCGUUCAUAUGA